AGAAUGUGUUUGUUUGAACUAUGAUGUCAUAGGACCAAAGGCCUUUGAUAUUUUGAGAGCUGUUGAGACCUUGUUAAACUCACACUCCUGGCAGUGACCGAGGACACAUACCACAGCUGGUUUAAGAAGAGCAAGGUCAAAUCCAAGUUACUUUAAUCCUAGUUUCAAUUUAUUCACUUCUUCACAGUGGGAAAAAUGAAUAACCAUAAGGAUAAAGUUAAAGGAGGGAGUUGUUUUCCUAUGAUAGAAUGUAAAAAGACAGUUUCAAAGAAAAGAUUCAACAGACACAUGGAGAACCUUGAUGAGUUGUUGGGAGAAAAGAGGGAGAAGAAGGUGCCAACCUACAAAAAGAAGGAGCUCAAUCCUCCAGAGGAGACCUCAAAUAAAGGGGUGGAGAAAGAGAUAGAGGUGCCAACCUACAAAAAGAAGGAGCUCAGUCCUCCAGAAGAGACCUCAAAUAAAGAGGUGGAGAAAGAGAUAGAGGAGGAGAUAGAGGAGGAGAUAGAGGAGGAGAUAGAGGAGGAGAUAGAGGGGGAGAUAGAGGAGGAGAUAGAGGAGGAGAUAGAGGGGGAGAUAGAGGGGGAGAUAGAGGAGGAGAUAGAGGGGGAGAUAGAGGGGGAGAUAGAGGAAAUAAGCCCCAAGUGUGAACUUAAGAAGAAAGCCAAAGAUGGGCACCAGCAGUCUCAGAUCCAGAAAGAGGUCUGUCAGUCAGACCAGCCUCUGGCUUUUGAAACUGCUCCAGACGACCUGAAAAGGGAGGAAAGAUCAAGCUCUCCGCAAGCUCCAGGGGACGAGCAAGAUGAAGCGCUUGCGCUCAUGCAGGAUAUGGUGUGUGAUAUGAUGCAGACUAUUAAACAGCAGAAGCAGCGUGAAUCUGAGCUUGAAGCAACAGUUACUGAUUUGAACGAUGAGCUUCAAGAGCAAGACGAGAUUGUGACCAAUCUCACGAAAGCCCUUCAUCAAGCAAAACUGAAUCAAGACCAGGAGAUUGAAUCCCUGAUUCUCAACUUUCAGACACAACAGGAUGAAAACGAUGACACACAUAAGUUGAACGAAACACUGUCCUCUGAGAACAGAGGUUUGAAGACCAAGCAAGAGGAGCUGCAGGAGCAAAGUGUGAAAGCAUACGAGGAGAUUCAAUUCCUGCAAGGCACUAUUGAAAAUCUUCAAAGGGAGAUUGGAGACAAAGACAAAGCGUCUUCUUCAGCAAAGGACGAAGUCCACCAGUUGUCCUCAGACCUGAAGAAAGAACAAGCUAAAACCAGCUCUCUCCAGAGGGACCUUGAGGCCGCUGUGUGCCAGCAGCGAAAGCAAGAAGAAGAACCGGAGCGUCUGGCCUGUGAAAACAAACGGCUGCAGGGUGAACUUCAAGCUGCCCUGAAAGAGAUCCAGCGGAAUGUAAAAAAUGAAAAGAAACAAAGGUUUAAGGAGGAAACUCUCACAGACAAAGUGGAUGAUCUGUUGAAGUCACAGAAAGAGCUUCAGCUGUGCAAAACACAGCAGAGUCAUCAAAUCCAUGAACUGACAGCUGAGCUUGAGAGCAACAAGACCACAAUAGAGAAACUCACGAGUGAUCUGGAGGAGAGCCUCAUUCAGCAGAAACAGAAGAACACACAGCUGAAGCCAAGUCUGCAGGAGAAAGAGGAAAUUGAGUCAUUGUGCCUCAAUAUUCAGAACCUACAGAGCGAAGCUGAGCACAAAGACAUCACAAUCUCUGUGCUGCGGAAGAAAAACCACCAGCUGGCUUCAGACCUCCAUGAGGAACAAGCUAAAAACAGUUCCCACCAGAGAGACCAUGAGGCCGCUGUGUGCCAUCAGCGAAAGCAAGAAGAAGAACCGGAGCGUCUGGCCUGUGAAAACAAACGGCUACAGGGUGAACUUCAAGCUGCCCUGAAAGAGAUCCAGCGCAAUGUAAAAAAUGAAAAGAAACAAAGGUUUAAGGAGGAAACUCUCACAGACAAAGUGGAUGAUCUGUUGAAGUCACAGAAAGAGCUUCAGCUGUGCAAAACACAGCAGAGUCAUCAAAUCCAUGAACUGACAGCUGAGCUUGAGAGCAACAAGAUCACAAUAGAGAAACUCACGAGUGAUCUGGAGGAGAGCCUCAUUCAGCAGAAACAGAAGAACACACAGCUGAAGCCAAGUCUGCAGGAGACAGAGGAAAUUGAGUCAUUGUGCCUCAAUAUUCAGAACCUACAGAGCCAAGCUGAGCACAAAGACGUCACGAUCUCUGUGCUGCGGAAGAAAAACCACCAGCUGGCUUCAGACCUCCAUGAGGAACAAGCUAAAAACAGUUCCCACCAGAGAGACCAUGAGGCCGCUGUGUGCCAUCAGCGAAAGCAAGAAGAAGAACCGGAGCGUCUGGCCUGUGAGAACAAACGGCUACAGGGUGAACUUCAAGCUGCCCUGAAAGAGAUCCAGCGCAAUGUAAAAAAUGAAAAGAAACAAAGGUUUAAGGAGGAAACUCUCACAGACAAAGUGGAUGAUCUGUUGAAGUCACAGAAAGAGCUUCAGCUGUGCAAAACACAGCAGAGUCAUCAAAUCCAUGAACUGACAGCUGAGCUUGAGAGCAACAAGACCACAAUAGAGAAACUCACGAGUGAUCUGGAGGAGAGCCUCAUUCAGCAGAAACAGAAGAACACACAGCUGAAGCCAAGUCUGCAGGAGAAAGAGGAAAUUGAGUCAUUGUGCCUCAAUAUUCAGAACCUACAGGGCCAAGCUGAGCACAAAGACGUCACGAUCUCUGUGCUGCGGGAGAAAAUCCACCAGCUGGCUUCAGACCUCUAUGAGGAACAAGCUAAAAACAGUUCCCACCAGAGAGACCAUGAGGCCGCUGUCUUCCAGAACCAAAAACUGUCUUCUGAGGUGGGCAGGCUGCAGGCUGAAGUCCAGGCCAACGCUCUGCUCCAGCUCAUCAACAACCAAUACAAGGCUAACGAGGCAGAGUGCGACAGACAAGUAGCAGAGCUCCAAGAUGCUCUCAGAGAGGAGAGGAGAAGGAAGUCUGAGCUGCAGCGCAGACUCAAUGAAAGGAACUUGGAUCUGGAGAGAGAAAGCACCUCCAGGAGGAAAGAGAACAUAAAGAGCCAGAUAGAGAAGCAAAAAUUAGUCGACACUCUUCAGGAAGCUGAGCUGAGUAACACCUUGUACUCAAGACAACAGACGGAGUUAUACGACGGCCAGAAGAACUAUAACCUUCUCAACGACAAUCCCAAGCUGUAUAACGAACAAGGCUGCUUGCAGUUAGGAUAUUACAAUCCCAGCAGCACCAGUGACCCAAGACCAGGAUCCUUUUAUACAUACAGAGUCCCCAUUCCCCAUAUCCCUUCAAUCCAAACUCCCCCAACAUGUUACCCCAAAACAAACACACCACGAGCACCAGUUAAUUUCCACAACAAAUACAUUUAAAGAGAGACGGACCCCAACGUAAGGAGGGCACUACAGGGACUCUACUAAUCAGAGAUACCCAACCUCAGUCGAUUGAUCAUACCAAAAGCUAGUAAUAGAAAAAAUAAAUUUAUUGAAACUUUUCA